UCUUCUAUUUAAUGAGGGGUCUCUCUGCCCAGGAGGACUCAGAGAUACCGCCAGCGCCAGUGGAAGCAUGGCAGAGAGCCUGGAACUGGGCUUUGGAGAAAUAGUCAGCGUGGAAAUGUUGCCUCAGGAUGGCAUCUGCAGCCCCAGAGCCAGAGCCAGGCUGGAAGGCAGAAGCAGCAGUUUAGGCUGCGCUCGCACCUGCUGCCUGGUGUCUGUCUCCAUCCUCCUAGGACUCGCUGCCUACCUGCUUGUUAGCCAGCUCCGGACUCAAGGAGAAGCCUGCGUACAGUUCCAGACUCCGAAAGGACAGGAGUUUGGACCUUCACACCAGAGAGCUUACAUGCCUCUCAGAGCUGAAAGAAUGAAGCCAAGAGCACACCUGACAGUGGUGAGACAAGCUCCCACGCAGACAGUGAGGAAUCAUUUCCCAGCUUUGCACUGGGAGCCUGAGCUAGGAUUGGCCUUCACCAAGAACCGGAUGAACUACACCAAUAAGUUCCUGCUGAUCCCAGAGUCAGGAGAGUAUUUUGUUUACUCCCAGGUCACAUUUCGAGGUACGACAUCUGAGUGUGGUCAAAUCAACAAGAAGAGUGGACAGAAUAAGCCAGAAUCCAUCAUUGUGGUUAUCACCAAGGUAACAGACAGCUACCCUGAGCCUGCCCAGCUCCUAACAGGGACCAAAUCAGUGUGUGAAAUAGGCAGCAACUGGUUCCAGCCCAUCUACCUUGGGGCCAUGUUCUCCUUGGAAGAAGGGGAUAAGCUGAUGGUAAAUGUCAGUGACAUCUCCUUGGUGGAUUACACAAAGGAAGACAAAACUUUCUUCGGUGCCUUCUUGCUAUAGGACAAAAGUAGCCAUCAUCACAUGA